ACAAAACGCCUUUUUGCUGAACGCUGAGGCCCGAUCACGCAACUUCGGUCAUCGGAGGGCUGCAUAAUCGACCUUCACUUGUGCUGUGCAGAAAUAAGCUCUUCGCAAGCAUGGGGGCCGAUGAGCCAGACUGGCGGUCCGCUGUCUCUGCGAGCGACCGCUUCGAGAACAUACAAAGCAUCAAAAUCGCAUUGGAGGGAGCAAAUCCUGAGGUUGCAGCGACCGCACAAUCUGAGGCCUUUGCUCUUGAGAACCAAGCUUUCAAGGUUAGCGCCAGCCGGAAACAGUAUGAAGACGCCUGCCGCCUGGUUCGAGAUGUCUCACCCCCACUAGCCGAGGCUGCGGACUCUGGCGAGGACCAUCUAUCGGAGGUAGGAAUUGCCAUUGGGCCUUAUGAGAACUGCAUGCCAGUUGCAGAAGGCGUGACGUCGGAGGUUUUUCGAUGUAAAGAUCGAGCCCUGAAGGUGAUUGUCGAAACGCGCAAUAUUGAGCCACACAACCCACAGCGCGAGGCCAAAAUUCUCGCCCUUCUCAAACGGCCAUGUAUCCCUUUACUCGAAACUUUCCGAGACCACGAGCAGCGCUUCGUUCUGGUUUUUCCAUACAUGCCACUCACUCUCGCCGAUGUGCUUGAACAGAAACCAUUGCCGGCGACCUGCAUUCGGAGCAUUUUCACAGAUGUGUUUACCGCCUUAAGGGACAUACACGCACAGGGCAUCAUUCACCGCGACAUCAAACCAGCGGCCAUUCUCCUACAGAAUCCGGAGGGACCAGCACUGCUCUCUGACUUUGGCACCGCGUGGCACCCGAACAUGUCGAUCAUAUCUGAGCCCGCAGAUAACAAGAUUCUCGACAUUGGCACGGGCCCAUACCGUGCUCCGGAGUGUCUCUUCGGCGACAAGUCUUACGGAACUGGUGUUGACAUUUGGGCCACGGGCACCAUGCUUGCCGAAGCCUGUCGCUAUCCACCCAUACCCCUGUUUGAGUCACGACCAACACACGAGGACGGCAAUCAACUGGGGUUGAUCUUGAGCAUCUUCAAAACACUCGGAACGCCCACGAAAGAGACAUGGCCAGAGGCCGCUACAUAUAAGACGCCGCCUUUUGAGAUGUACAGAACGAUCGAGGGGAAGGCCUGGGAGGACAUCCUGCCGAACAUCGACCCUAGUAUCCGUGACUUAGUCGCCAACAUGGUUCGGUUCGACUCGAGCAGGAUGACCGCUCAAGAGGCCUUGCUUCACAACUUCAUGACUGAACAGACUGGUUGAUUAAAUCUGACCUUCCAUUUCUGGUACUCCCCCGUAAAUGGCUUCUCCGCGUACUGGGUGAAGUUGGCAGAGACCUCGGCAAAACGGCAAAGUUAGAGAGCCAACAAAUUUGGGCAGGGAGACCGACUAACGGGCAUGAAAUCGAGUAUCAAGACGAAUGUGCACCAAGAAGGAGUUCUCAGCCCCUGAAAGGGCUACAUUCUACGGACUAAGAUCUCCUUUACCAUCCUCCUUUGUUCUCG